AUGCAACGCUUCGGUGUGGUCGGCCAAUGCCGAUUCGCUGCACGUCGGUUGAUGCAGCCUCGGUACAUCGCGCCUAUGGCGACGACAGUCUUGAGAGCUUCAUCUCUAUCUCAAAGGACGUUCCAUACAUCUCGAGUCGCGCUUUCGAAACCAAAGGGCUCAUUAGGUGUCAACCCCAAUCAGUUCGAGGAACCAACCGACCUGGCACGGAAGAUAUUCUCCGAGUUCGCCUUUGCGUUUGAUAUCGAUGGCGUCUUAUAUCAGGGCCGCAACAGGGUGGAUGGAGCCGAGAAGGUUAUUAAAAUGCUCAGAAGCAAUGGUGUCAGAUACGUCUUCUUGACAAACGGUGGUUGCGUUCCCGAGAAUAAGAAGGAAGAUACCCUGCAGGAGAGGCUUCAGAUCCCGAAGCAUGAGGAUGCUAUCAAAGGAAGAAUGAUUCUUUCGCACACACCGAUGAGCGGUUGGAGUGAGGAUAUAAAGAAGAACGGCACUGUUCUGAUCACAGGUUCUCAUCCUGAGAAAGCUCGACAAAUCGCCCUGGACUAUGGCUUCAAGCGUGUCGUCACGCCAGCAGACAUUCUAGCUGAGUGCAAGGACGUGUUUCCCUUUGAGCAUAUCGAGGGAGAGGUCAACGGCAAGCCUACGCCAUUACCUGACGGCAAGCGAAUCCCUUUGCUCAAAGACCCGUAUACGACAAACGUCCCUGCGAAUGCGCUGAAGAUUGACCAUAUCUUUAUCUGGAACGACCCAAGAGACUGGUCUGUCGAUAUCCAGCUCAUCCACGACCUGUUGAUCUCUCAUCAAGGCUACCUUGGCACUGUUUCGAACUUGAACGGUAACGAGAACCUCCCUAACAAUGGAUGGCAGCAAGAUGGUCAGCCUGGACUAUGGAUCUCCAACCUUGACAUGCUGUGGAAGACGAACUACCCCGUGAACCGAUUUGGUACAGGCGCUUUCAUGGAAGCUCUGAAGGGAGUAUGGUCUACGACUACCAACGGAAAGGAACUUGAGUACAGCGCUCUUGGCAAACCUUUCAACCUCACUUACAAAUAUGCUCACGAGAGACUGCUGCAAUACUACCACGACAUGGCUUGCACCCGUGGUCAAAGCACAGAACAUGACAUAUCAAAGUGCCAUCCACUGCGCCGCGUCUACAUGAUUGGCGACAACCCGGAAAGUGAUAUCCGGGGAGCUAGUGAGUUCAAGGCAGAGGACGGAACCGAAUGGGUACCUAUCCUCGUACGAACAGGCGUCUGGAGACAGACAUCGACGGAGAAGGAGCCCCGAUACAAGCCAGCCGUCAUUGUAGACGAUGUGGUUGAUGCUGUCGUCUGGGCCCUCAACAACGAGGGUAUCAAGGCUGAUCGGGAGUGGGUCUUGUCUGCCUUAUCACACACGAAGGGUUACGUUAAGCUGCCUCCUUUGGAUGAUGGUGUGCAGAAUGGAGUUUUGGAAGCGGGAGCCAAGUAUCCCAGUGAGCAGGAAGCUGCCGAGGCGAAGUUGUGA